AUGUUCCAAGACUAUCUUCUUCUACGAUUUUCUAUAAGGAGCUUGACGAGUACGUGCAAAUCACAAAGCUCAUAUUCGAAAUCGUUGCUUCUCCCGAAAACAGACUUUUCACCACGAAUCCCAAAAGGCAAGGAUAGAGAAGAGCUCCUCAAGCAAUGUGGGAAAGAUCUAUAUCUCAGACAAUUGGAAAGCCCAAAAAGCUCAGAGGAUUUCAUUCUUCAUGAUGGACCACCUUAUGCGAAUGGGGACUUGCAUCUAGGACAUGCUCUUAACAAGAUUCUCAAGGAUAUUAUCAACAGAUUCGAGUUGAUACACAAUGGUAAAAAGAUCAAUUACAGACCUGGCUGGGAUUGCCACGGGCUUCCCAUUGAAAUGAAGGCCGUAAAGAAUCUGAUUGAUCUCAAGUCUGUUGAGGUACGCAAACUCUGUCGUGAAUUGGCCGAUAGCAUGAUCCAGAGACAAAGAGAGCAGUUCCAAGAGUUUGCCAUAAUGACAGACUUCGACGAGCCAUAUGUGACUAUGACUCAUGACUAUGAGGCUUCCCAACUCAAAAUUUUUCUCAAGUUAUUUGAAAAUGGUCUAUUGACCAGACAAUUAAAACCUGUUUGGUGGGGAUGCGAGACACAGACAGCAUUAGCAGAAGCAGAGUUGGAAUACAACCCAGACCACAAGUCUGUAGCCAUAUUUGUGAAAUUUCCCUUGGUCAAGUCCGGAAUAUUUGCCAACAUUGAUAAUAAUGUCAAUCUCUUGAUUUGGACAUCCACUCCGUGGACUAUCCCAGCCAACAAAGCUAUUUGUGUCCAUAAAGACAUAGAGUAUACUUCAUUAAGGCAUAAAGAGAAUGGAGAGAGAGUCGUUGUGGCGAAGGAUUUGGUAGACUCCUUGCUAAAGUAUGAUGAAAGUUAUGAACGAGAUGAUCUGAUGACUUUUAUGGGUAGGGAUUUGGAGGGUCUCUUUUACGAAAACCCCUUAAGCAAAGGAAAGUUUCCCAUCGUCCAUGGAAGUCACGUCUCGUCGAAUGCUGGCACAGGCUUGGUUCACACAGCUCCGGCACAUGGUAUGGAAGACUAUCUUAUUGGCAGAAAGCACAAUCUCGAAAUAGCUUCUUCGGUGGACGAGAAGGGCCAUUUCGUGUCGGAGGCUAUUCCUUAUGGUUUUGAAGAGCUUGCUGGGAAGUAUGCGAAUGUUAAGGCUUCAAUCAUGAAGGUCAUUGAGCUUCUUCAUUCAAAUGGUAUGCUCUACCACAUGAACAAACUGUACAAACAUUCUUACCCCUACGACUGGAGAUCAAAGACACCUGUAGUGCAAAGGGCCACUCCGCAAUGGUUUGUGAAUGUUGAGAAAAUCAAGGAACUGGCUAUAAAGCUGUUAGAUAAAGUUGAGUUUGUGCCUCCUCUGGGUAUCAACAGACUCAAAGCAUUCGUUCAAAAUAGAAGCGAGUGGUGUAUUUCUCGCCAAAGAUCAUGGGGUGUUCCAUUCCCAAUUGUCUACCACAAAGAAACUCACGAGCCAAUCGAGGACACCUCCAUUAUUCGUUAUACCAUCGACAAGAUUUCAGAAUUCGGAACGGAUCCCUGGUUUGAGGACGAAGAUGAUAUUUCUCGAUGGCUUCCGUCUGAUAUUGAUGGCAACAAGUACUACAAGGGUAAGGACACAAUGGAUGUAUGGUUUGAUUCAGGCACUUCGUGGUCCACACUUUCGAACAAUCUUGAGGCAUCUUUUGUUUCAGAAAGUCCAUUAGCUGACGUCUACUUGGAAGGCAGUGAUCAACAUAGAGGAUGGUUUCAGCUGUCACUCCUCAAUAAGAUUAUUGCCUCCACUAAUGAUGGCAAAAACUUCAAGCCUGUCGCUCCUUUUAAUAAGAUCAUCACGCACGGAUUCCUUCUUGACAAGAAGAACAAGAAAAUGUCGAAGUCAUUGGGAAACGUGAUCCUCCCACUGCAAGUUAUAGACGGUGGAGGAAAACCCCUUGUUCCGGCGUUGGGUAUUGAUGGUCUUCGACUUUGGGUCGCUUCCUCCACAUAUACUUCAGAUGUCAAUGUGAGUGUCGAGGUGUUUCAAAGAUUGCUUGAGAAUGUCAAGAAGAAUAGAGUAACUUUCAAAUUCUUGCUCGGUAACCUUCACGAGUUCACCGUCGCUGACCGCAUUGAGCAUUCGAAAUUAAACAGCAUAGAUAAAUGGGUACUUUCCCGUAUCCAUCAACUCGAGAAGAAGGUGGUCGCUCACUAUAGUACAUAUAACUUUGCAGGAGCUGUGAGAGAACUCAACUCACACAUCAGUGAGCUUAGUGGCUACUAUUUUGAUAUUUCAAAGGAUUGUCUCUACACAGAUAAAGAAAAUUCACAUAGGAGACGAAGCAUCCAAACAGUGUUGGAACAAAUCUUGAAAACACUUAUUGGUCUCUGGGCCCCAAUCCAGCCCUUGAUUGCACAAGAGGCUUGGCAGCUUUACGCUAAGCAGAUGCAUAUCGAGGAAGCUUCACCAUUUAUGAUGCCAUGGAGCUUCUUUCAGGUUCCUGAGGAGGCAAAGCGUCUAGAUGUGGAAAACGAGUUCAUGGAAUUGUGGAAAAUCAGGGACGCCUUAUACAAGGAAUUAGAACAAUUGAGAAAGGAGGGCCAUUACAAGAAUAAAUUGGAAGUUGAGUUGUUUUUGCAAACGGAUGGAGAUGCCUCAAAGAAACUUAUUGAGAAACACAAAGAAUUCUUGGAUGACUACUUUUUGGUUUCGAGAGUGACAGUUGGCGCCUGCGAGGUGCCCUCCAGUGAGGGUCCUUCGAGAGAGUUCGCCGUGGAAAAUUUCGCUCAGGGAAGCGUGAAAAUCAAAGUCCAACAGUCAUGCUCGAGAAAAUGUCCUAGGUGUUGGAAAUACAUUGCUGAGCGUGAUGAUGAGCCUUGUCAUAAGUGUACCAGCGUGUUGGGCUGA